AUGAGUAUGAUGGGUAAGCUAACGUUCUUCCUUGGACUACAAAUUCAACAAUCUAAAGAAGGAACCUUUAUAUGUCAGACCAAAUACACAAAAAAGCUUAUUCAAAAAUUUGGUAUGAGCAAUGCAAAAUCCAUUGGCACACCAAUGAGCCCUUCUACAAAUCUAGACAAAGACGAACAGGGUAUUCCUGUUGAUGAAACUAAAUAUCGUGGAAUGAUUAGAUCACUGUUGUAUCUGACAACAAGUCGAUCGGAUAUUAUGUUCAGCAUAUGUAAAUGUGCUAGGUUUCAGUCAGCUCCUAAGGAAUCACAUUUGACCACCGUAAAAAGAAUCAUUCGAUAUCUCAUUGGGACUGUAUCUCAUGGACUAUGGUAUCUUCGCUCUAAGUCUUUUAAAUUAGAAGGUUUUUCAGAUGCUGACCUUGCAGGUGAUAAGGACUAUAGAAAAAGCACAAGUGGCACAUGUCAAUUACUGGGAAAGGCAUUGAUAUCCUAG